AUGGAUGAUGCUUCAUCCCGGCCUUCUUCCCAUCUCGCCUCUGCUUUGGAUCGGAAGUAUAGUGUGUUCCUAAAUUUCUUCGGUCCUGAAACUCGACAGGGCUUCGUCCACCAUCUCCUCGCGGCUUUGCGUCAAGCAGGAAUCCGGAGCUUCCUCGACGAGGAUAUGAUGCGUGGGGCUGAAAUUUCUGCGCAGAUGUCUUCUGCACUGAGAGACUCGGAAUCUUCAGUUGUCAUCUUCUCCGAAGGUUAUGCUUCCUCGAGGUGGUGUCUGGAUGAGCUGGUCAAGAUAAUUGAGUGUCAGAAAACCCUAGGCCAGUUGGUUUUCCCAAUUUUCUACCGAUUGGAUCCGCGCGAUGUCCGUCUUCAAAGCGGGAGAUUCGGUGAAGCCUUUUCGGAACUCUCCGAGCGUUUUGUCGAUCACCCUGGCAAAGUUCAGAGGUGGAAGGAUGCUUUGGUCCACGUUGGCAGCUUGAAGGGAUGGGUUCAUUCCGGUGAGAGCUCUGAAGCCUUACUCAUUGGCGAGAUAGUCAAGAUCUUGCGGGAAAGGUUGCGUGGGAGCUACUUUCCGCCGCCACCACCACCGGCUUACCUGAUCGAUCCUUCUCCUCCUCCUCCACCUCCUCUCGAUUCCACCGCCGUUCGGACCGUUCAGUAUGAUGUCUUCGUCAGUUUCAGAGGUACGGACACCAGAUACAACUUCACCAGCCAUCUCUACGCGGCUUUGGCUCGGCAGAACCUUCGUGCCUUCAUCGACAACGAAGAACUCAUGAAGGGAGAUGAAAUAGCUGAAGUCAAUUUGAAGGCGAUUGAGGAAUCGAGGAGCUCUGUGAUCGUUCUGUCCAAGGAUUAUGCGUCUUCCGCAUGGUGCUUGGAUGAGCUGGUCAAGAUACUCGAUUGCAGGAAAACUUUAGGCCAGCUAGUUGUCCCGAUCUUCUACCACGUAGAUCCUAGCGACGUUCGUCGUCAGUUUGAGAAGUUCUGUGCUUUUUCUGGCAAACAAGUGGGGAGCGGUAACAAUCUCUAUAGGGUCCGUAGGUGGGGAGAGGCUUUGCUUGAAGUCAGCAAUCUGGCGGGAUGGGCAACAUCCAAUAUGAAGUCGGAGUCCUUUCUCCUUCAUGAAGUUGUUUCAAGUUUGUCUGAGAAACUGCGUCAGACUUCCUUGGUUGGAAUAGAUUCACGCAUUAGGAAAGUGAUGAAGCUGCUAUGCCUAGGCUCAUCUGAUGUUGGAAUUGUAGGCAUUCACGGCAUGGCGGGUGUUGGUAAGACAACCCUUGUCAAAGCUAUUUACAACCGAAUACAUAGCACCUUCAAUGCUUCCUGUUUCGUGGAAAGCUUCAGGGAGUACUCUGGGAUAUCUGCAUUGCGCAAACAACUCUUUUCUCAGAUAUCAGAGGAACAAAGCUCUAGCGAUGAUACUGUCACCAAUGAGCUUGGACGUGCAAAGGUUUUGAUUGUUCUCGAUGACAUUCGUGAUGCCAAAGAAUUGGCAUCUUUGAGUGGAGAAUUGUUUAGUUUCGGUCCUGGAAGUAGAAUCAUCAUUACCACUAGAUGUAAAGAUGUGCUUACAUCUUUAGGAGUCAAUUGUACGUACGAGGUGAAAGGACUGGACGACGCUGAGUCCCUUGAACUUUUCUCUCGAGCUGCAUUUGGUAAAGGUACUCCCGACAAAGAUUACCUGGAACUUUCAGGAAGUAUUCUAAAGUACGCUUCAGGUCUUCCUUUGGCCCUCAAAGUACUAGGUUCUACUCUACAUGGAAGCAGCAAACAAGCUUGGGAAGCCUUAAUGCCGCAGUUGAAAAGCUUGCCUGGCCACCAAAUUCCUCAAGUCCUCAGAACAAGUUUUGAUGAUCUGGAUGACGAAGAGAAGGAUAUAUUUCUAGACAUUGCCUGUUUCUUCAAAGGGAUGAAUGAGGAUUUUGUCAAAGAGAUUUUAGAUGGCUUUGGGUUCUCGUCAGAAAUUGGAAUUGCAGUUCUCAUUGAGAAGGGCCUUCUCACCAUUUCUGAUAAUAGGCUAAUGAUGCAUGAUCCAGUCCAAGAUAUGGGUAGGGGAAUCGUCCGCCAAGAAAAUUGCUCCGACGUAGGUAAGCGAAGCAGGUUAUGGGAUCAUGAUGAUGUCUAUCAAGUGUUAACUACGAACACAGGUACUGAGACUAUAGGAGGCAUAAGUCUGGAUCUGUCAAAAGUGGACGAAAUGCACUUGAGCCCCGCGGCAUUUUCGAAGAUGCAUAACCUUAGAUUUCUUCAAAUAUCCAACCAGUCUGCUGGGGAGGUCUGCAAGUUGCACCUUCCAGAAGGUCUUGAUAGUUUACCGAACGAGCUGGUGUUUCUGCAUUGGCAUGGCUACCCGUUGAAGACCUUGCCUCCACAGUUCCUUCCAGACAACCUCAUCGAACUUGACAUGCCUUACAGUCAUUUGGAACGACUUUGGGAAGGAACUAUGGUUCUCCCGAAUUUGAAGCGGAUUGGUCUCAGUUACUCCCGAGAACUAAUUCGAGUGCCAGAACUCUUGCUGGCUUCUAAACUCGAGAAGCUCAAUCUUGAAGGAUGUGCUAGUUUGGCUCAGUUUCCAGUAUCCGUUUCUUGUCCACGUAGUCUAGUUAUCCUCAAUUUGAGAGGUUGUAAGAGUCUAAAAACUAUAGCAGACAUUGUUAGCUUGAAGACCCUUGAAAUUGUUGAUCUCUCCAUUUUUUCUGAAUCUGGAAAAAACCCUCAGAUCUCAUGGAGUUUGAAAGAACUAUGCUUAGCUGGAACUGGAAUUGGAGAGUUGCCAACAUUCAUCAAGAAUCUUGAUAGACUUGUUAUCCUAGACCUAGAGAAUUGCAAGAACCUUAAAUCUCUGCCUGAACUUCCCAGCAGUCUUGAGUAUUUAGAUGCACAUAAUUGUGGGGAACUUGAAGCUGUGUCAGCUUCAUCCUUCAUUUAUCGUGGAAUGGCUUCCAGCUUUAUAUUUAGUAAUUGCUUCAAGUUGGAACAUAUGGCAGACAACAUCUUCCCAUCAGCGGCCCAGCCUGAGGUCCAGCAUGUGGCAACUGCAUCAAAGCAAAUUUAUGAGGGUAUUCUGUCUAGCCCCUCAGCGACUAUUUGUUUCCCUGGAGCUGAAAUUCCUAUGUGGUUUGAUUUUAGCAGUUUGGGAUCUUCAAUUACUAUUGAGCUCCCUUCUCCUCCAUGCAACAGUCAAUCAACGGGCUUUGCUUUGUGUGCUGUUGUUUCAUUUGAGAAUUACGAAGAUGAUGGCCAGUUCAAUAUCGAGUGCAAAUGCCAUUUCGAAACAAAGAUCGGUCGCAACAGUGAUCUAAUCGCCCAUUCAGGGGGCUGGGUUGGCACUAAAGGUAAACACAGAGUUAUUGGGUCAGAGCAUGUUUUCCUGUGGCAUGACUCUUUCGAUCUACAUGGUUCCAAGUCUGUUUCUUUCCAGUUCUUCCCUGCAAAGAAUCGCAAAACCCCGUUGCACAGCUGCAGCUUGCAGAGGUGUGGUGUGCUUCCUUUUAGCUGCUAAUAUGAUAAACCAGUAUGACAUGCCAAAUAGCCUCUCUGGCAUCCCCUCUGGCGGUAAUGAUGAUAGAUUUUGGCCCUGCAUGGACCAAUGCCAUCAUCGGUGUUCAUGAGAAAGGCCACCCUAAGCUCACGCCAGCAUCUUCAGCGCAAUAGAGGAAUUGUCAGAGAUAAAAAGUUUAUGAACGACCUUUGGUGGUGGCGCAGAUUCUUGUUUUCUCGGGGUCGAAGGUCAGUUUGCUUUCAUGACUGCUAAAGCUGUUAUUCUCAGUUGGAUUAGAGUGUGGGUGAAAGAUAUGUGAUUUGAUCUUUGUUAGUUAUUAUAGUAAGCGAUUAGAGAUGUGAAUGGAACUGUUUGUGCUAUGCGCUCUAUAUCGGGCAAAAGCUGCAGUCUAAGGACCUUACAAAUCCUACCUGCAAUGGGAGUAGCUUUAGAUAUCACAGCAGCUCUGGUGCAGUGAUAUAUUAUCAACAGCGCAUGGAGCAGUAGGUGAAGGGCUGUAGCAGGUUUUGCUACUGAAAAGUUGCAAGGCAGAUCUACUUAAACCUUAUCAUGUAAAAGAAAAGCCUUUUCUUCUGUUGCCCUGAGUUUCUAAUCUACAAUUUAGUAUUUUAGUUUGGUUUCAUUGUUGUCAAUGUAACGCCGUUGUUGAUUAUAAUAUAUGAAGUAUUUAUUAUUGAAAUUGCAAAAGGGAGAUUUUUGAAA